CUUUUCUGGCGUCACCUGGCGUCACACCAGCGGCGGUAUCAGCAGUGUGCGUGUGUUUGUUCGGUUCGUUCGCAUGGUUCGUCCGGUUCGUCUGCAUGGUUGGUGUGCGAAGAGCAUGGCAUGGCUGUUGUUACCGACGCUGAUGGAUCAUCGAUGGCAGAGAACGAGCAGCGCGCAAGGGUGGGCCCCUACGGCUUCGAGUGGCCGGAGGACUUCGACCACGAGGGUCACGAGGCAUUCUGGCGGAGCUACCGGGCAGUGCUGGCACGGCGCCUUCGCAAGUGGGAUCGGCUGCUGUCGAAUGCCCGGCCCGCGGCAUAUCCCAACCUUCGCCACAGCAGUGCCAAGUUGAAGCGUUACGUGAGGAAAGGUGUUCCCCAAGAGCACAGGAAACAGGUGUGGAUGGUCCUUUCGGGAGCAGCUGCUAAGCAGAGCGAGCAGCGAGGACUGUACCAGUCACUGCUGCAGCAGAGCCGGCGACCAGACCUUGUUGAGACUAUCCAGAUAGAUGUGCCACGGACGUUUCCUGACAAUGUGUAUUUCCAUGGAGGUGGACAGCAACAGCAGUCACUAUUCAACGUCUUGGUGGCGUACGCACAUUUCAACCAAGGUGUCGGCUAUUGCCAGGGUCUGAACUUCAUAGCUGGCCUGCUGCUGCUGGCAACAGAGGAUGAGGAAGCCACCUUCUGGCUCCUGCGCGCCCUGCUCGAGCGACUGCUGCCUGACUACUAUGGCCGGCACAUGACGGGUCUGCUCACAGACAUCGAGGUGCUUGCCGAACUGGUCAGGGAGCGGAUGCCACAAGUGCACGCACAUCUGGCCAAGCACGAGGUGUCCUGGGCAAUUAUGACCACCAAGUGGUUCGUCUGCCUGUUCGCCGAAGUGCUGCCAAUUGAGACCGUGCUGCGAGUGUGGGACAGCCUCUUUCUGGAAGGGUCCAAGGUGCUUUUCCGGGUGGCCAUCACGCUGGUUGCCCAAGGCCAGGAGCAGAUCCUGGCUGCCCACGGUCUGGGCGAAAUAAUGGCAGCCUUCAAGGAAGCUGCCUCGGGGCCUCAAGUCACCGACUGCCAUGCUUUCCUUAAGGCCAUCUUCAAGGAGCCCAGGUCACUGAAGCGGGCACACAUUGAGCAGCUGCGCGCGUCCUGUCGGGAGCGGGUCAUUGCAGCUGCACGAAGGUGACCCCCUCGCUGUUGGCCACACAGAGGAUCCUUCGGAAUGCGCAUGGCGAGGUUGGGGCAUGCAUAGCCGAUUCCUAAUUGUCAAGUUCCAAAUUGUGGCCCUGUCCAACUGCUUCCAGUUGGGGAGCGUGGCCCAUCUUGGAGCUGUUCAAAGGGGUGACAGCUGUGUAGCGCAGCUUGCCUGCUGUGAAUUUGUAGUGCGUGACUAUCUCCUGCUGAGACAGCUAUGCGAGCAGAGAUAAGUUGACCAUGGUGGCUGAUUGCAAUCGGGAAACAAGUGUUCAGAUGUGCAGCGUCACUGGUAGCCAUAGAGUGCGAUGUUCAAGUCCAAGUGUCAUGAAAGUCUUUCGCACAUGUAUGCUACACUACUUGCUUGCGAAGUGCUUCGGUAUUGGCAGCUGCAAGCCGAUGUGAUCUUAGCUGCCAGCUUGGUUUUAUUGCGUCUGUGUGUUAUGUUUGCAUCAGACAGCUUGACUUCGAGAAGCAUUGUGGCCAUGUAUUUAUUGCAUUGCUCAGAGCAUGCAGUUGGGACUGCUCAUGAAAUGAGCGAUGUGCGCUGAGUAGGGUGCAUCGCCUCUGCACUCAACUGGUGACCUCCUGGCGGAGACACUGUCGCAGCUUUCUGCUUUGAUCAGUCACUCACUUGGUUCAGACGAAUCACUCAUCUUGUGUCAGUCAGCCAGCACUCAUGCGACUGUUGUUUGGCAUGGUCCUUGUGCGUGUUGCUGUUACUCUCGCCUGAAGUGCGUGGACUCAUUGUUGGAAGCAGGAAAUUUGGUCUCCGCCAAACCAAAGAAGGUAUGUAAGGUGCAAGAAUCGGUGCAGCAGCUUUGGUUUGUGCAACUCGCAGCCAGUAGCCAGCUGAAUCGUGUAGCAGAGAGGGACAUAACAAUUGCUAGCAAAUUGUUGGCGGGUUUACCUUGCCGCGUUUGUUUUCGUGCUUACAUCAGACCCCCUGCAAUGUGAACUGUCCCGUGCGCUUGAUGGCCAAUCACCUUGAAUGCGUUGCUGCCGCCUGCGUCUUCUGUUCUGCUGGUAAACACGGCCAUGGGCACACGUGACCACGAGGUCCAGUUGGCUUUUGAUUCAGAGGGCUAGCUGCUGUUCGUCACCUUGGAAAACUUGCACUUACCUCUGCAAAAAAAACGUGAGAAGCUAUUAUGGUGUCGCCUGCUAGGUCUUGGAAUGAGCUGCGUGAAGUGCUUUCCUUACUGCACUGAACUUUGCCUGGUGCUGGUUUGAAAAAGUUGUUUGUGCGCAGUGAUGCUCGCAGCCUGUUCCUUUUUACAGAAAAGCCGUGGCACAUGCUGCCAGUGUUGCCAGCAAAGGCUGCCAAUGAAUAAAGAUCAGGACUCGUUCUGCGAUAGCAACAGUGUGUGCCCACAGGCACGGUGCAGCCAGGAUUUGUGGCCCCAGUUUGUGCACAGUCAAUCACUUCUCUCCAGUUCCUUUCCUGAAAUACUCUUCAGACGUGCUACCCCUUUGAUGUCUAGAUGUGUGCAUGCGGACGAAAAAAAAAAAAAAUGACAUUGCACAUGGCAUUAGGACUGCCAGCUUCUUUUUUUCCCCACUGUGGUCUUUUCCUAACUUGCCUUCGAACUGCCUGCCAUGCACUUGAUCCUUUCUUAUGCUGUGGGGCAGCUUGCAGACCUGUGCAAAGGUGGUGGCUGCUACAUCUACUACACUGACAUAUCUUCAUCAGGAGCUUUGGCCAAAGACCUGCUAGUGAGACCCUAUAGUGUCAUGUUUCUUUGUGGUAAAUACCGAUUUUAAACAGACUGUUGGGUCUUUGUUUAACAGUUUUUAAGCUGUUGUGAAUCAGUUGACUGUACAUUUUUAUUAUUAGCUGCUUCUGUCAAAAUGGCAUUUUUAGAAUCUAUUGUUGAUUCUACUAUGUACCUCCUGCUUCCAGCCAAAACCCUUGCCUUAACCUUACGGUCCCCUUCACACAUGCUUCAAUUCUAUGAAGAGCCAUCAACACGAGUUGAAAUGGUCACACCACUAUCAAUCCUUUUAUCAGUUUUUCAUAUCACUCAUAUCAAAGGAAUAGGCUUACCUUCUGAAGCCCACCGCUGCCAUUUUUAAUCUAUUACCUUUCCUCGUGCAUUGGCAAGCAUAGAACACAAUGUUUUAGUGACCAGUGUCACCUCUUAUUGCCAUCUCUCUCCAGAUAACGCUGUUACUGCGGCGAAAGACGAUGAACUGUGAUAAGGAAAAUAAAAAUAUUUGUGGUCUGCCCAAGCACUACCUACGCAACUUGUGACACAUCACAGUUGUGUUGGUUCAUGAUAUGCCUGCAUUCCACAGUCCCUGACACAUGCAAAAAAACCCAUCAGCUGCCAUUCAAUCGCUUGACGUUUCUACGAUCAACAACCAAAGAUACCAAACACAUUGGGGAAAUAAUCUUGGUUUGAGGUGGCUGCUCGUUCAUAUCAGAAGACAGAGGAACGGAAAAGCAAAAUGGUGACAAAGUACGCGACCCCGGCAACGUGAACUGUCCUCUGCAUUGAUGGCCAAUCAGUCCUCUCUCUCAUUUUAUGUGUGAGUUACUACAUACCGGCCAACGUUUAUGGUUUUAUGAUAUAAUGCCAGAUUUUAGAGCUACUAUCAGUGUGGUGACACCAGCAACCUUAAAAUAAAGACUUUGUUUGCACCUAGUUUAGGGCAAAGUUUACUUCAAAAGAAUACAAAUACAGUCGCUGAGCAAUUUUUCCUAGCCCGAUUUUACGGACCCAAUAAUUAGGUGUGUGGACAUAGCCUCCUGUAUACGCUGUGCCUGCGGGAUCAUUGGCAAACCAAUGAGAAGCGGCUGUCGUUGAAAAUGGGGCUCUGGCCUCACUUAUAGAUUGUCUCAAGUGCACUUUUCACAUGUUUGGUGUUUGCUGCUGACAAAAAGAUGCAUGGAUGUCAAAUAAAAGGGUGGUAAUGAUUAGUGAAAUACAAAUAUUUUGCUUAUAGUUGCUUUUCGAAACGAAAUCAUCCGCUACAGCUGCACAUGAUCAUUGUUACUUUUAGAGCACGGACCAACUUUUGCAUUCUGCUGCCACCGGUGCUUAAGGUGCGUGAUAGGGUGCUGGCAAGGCUGGUCGUUACCCUGGCGAAAAUUUAAUGACUCUCCCCCUACGUAAUGGCGCCUCCUUAGACAACGCCAGUUUUGUGGGGAUCCGACAGGCAUGGAGCGUAUAUAGGUGGCUAUGAUACGGACCCACCUGUGCAGCAGUGACACCAACUUGUAGAACCAACGCAUAACAGCAAAUGAAAUUUCGGCCACCGUUAUGUGAAUAUUUCAUCAGUACAGUUCAUAAACAUUUGUGGUGCAGAUCUUUCUUACCGCAACUAUUGAGCAAAGCGCCUGUUGACAGUAUAGUAUCCCUAUUGAACAAAGCUUAUAAAGCUUUAAUGCACAGUCAACAUCUUGAGUAAUCGGACACUUUUUUGUAUUUUUCACCAAACUUUACUAUCCUUUUUCUACGACUGUAGAAUUUAAAAAGAAUUGUAGGGUUGUCAGGUCUGCUGCUAACUGGACAAUUUAUUUGUGAGAAGCAUCUGCUUUUCAAAGCACAUGUUUUUUAGGAAGACAAUAAAAUUAAAGAGAACAAGAAAAACAAAAGUAAAGGGCAGCCACCAGACAAUACGGAGCACGUCAUAUCCAAACACAUAUGGAGAGAAAAAAAAUUGACAUUUUUUAUGUUAUAAUAAACAUAGUUUUUAUGUACAAUUAGCAUACCAAGUUUGUUAGUGCCCCUUAAUGGACUAUUUAGAUUAAGCUCGUGUGUAAGCCGAAAACUCUGAACCGAACUUAUGCAGUAACGAUCGCGUCAUCUGCACUCUGUGGCGUCGUUACGAUGCUUGAAGCAGAUCGGGCCACGUGACAAGAGAAUGUAAAGCCCCUUUCUAGCCUUGACCUUCACACUGAUAUUACUUCAUUGAUCCACGAGACUGAGCAAGACUCCGUAAACGAAUGUACUGUUGUGCUUUCAUUGUAAAGUCUAACAAGAUAUAUUUUUUCUUGAAAUUAGGUAAAUCGUACUGUUUGACUAUUUGAACAUUUUUAUGGCCCCUUCCAUGUCCAAAAGAUUGAUCAGUGACGCUAUGUUGGUAGGUGCACACGUCUUGUCACUUUGUGUUUUUGACCUCAUCGUGUUGCACCACUCUUUCGGCUUUAACAUGUGGCAAAAGUCGGAGGGGGAGGGUGGCUUUGUUUAUCUCACGGUGUAAAUGCAGUCAUUCAUGGGCAUAAAAGUGGUGUGUUACAAAAGGGGGGACGUUUAGAGACUUGUUACUGUUCCAUUUCAAAUCAAAGUAUUUAAUUUGAGAAUUCAGCGCUUCAUUUCUUUGAGUGUUCAGUUGUAUGUGCCAAAUAUCAAGUUUACUUACGACUAUUUGAGCGUGCCUGUUUGUAUAAAGGUACACACUUGCGGCGGUAAUUUACCGGCCGCAUUGAGUUCCAAGGGUUCCUGCUAUGCCUUUUCUCAGGUUUAUGAAACGAAUAUGGUGUUAAAACACCUCCAUUGAGAAGUAUUUGGAUGUAUAGCGUACGAGGGGAGUUAUUGCCAGUCAAGGGUUAACCGUUCAAAUCACUCUUGAGUUUCGAUAUACUGUAUAUGCUGCCAGAUGAAGCAGUAACGCAGUAACUCUAGUGACCAUUGGCUGCACAGACGUUGGCAGCUUGUUGGGGUAUACUAACCGUGCUUGCGGUUAGUAUAUCCGGUUGCGGCUUAGGUUGUGGCUUGGCUUCUUGAGCCACUCGAUGUAGAAUUUUCACGUCACUCUUGGCGCCUUUGCAGCCAAUGGCCGCACAGUAGUGGUGCAGCUUUACGUCUGUCUUCAGUACCAUGACUAUUGAAGUGCGUUCCAUUGCAUUUGUGCAGUAAUUGCAAACGAGACUAAUGCAGCAUUUAGAUAAUUCCAGAUGCUCGUAGAAAACUUGCGGGCAAAAAUGCAUUGCACAACAUAGGCUAUCGAAAUGAAGGGAGGCAGCAUAACUUGAGCAUAUGCCCCUUUUGGAUGGGCCAUUUGAAAUUUGGAACAAGCUAAUGGUAAAACUGAGAGCAUUGUUGAUUUUUUUUUUUUUGCUUCUGCCAACUUAAUGAUAUCUCAUGAUGUACUCAGCAGUUCAGCUAACAGACCUGGAAUGACUCCUUGGCAUCAUCAGGCCAACCAAAUGCUGGUGAGGUUUUAGAAAAAGCCACAGUAAAGCAGGAAUAAUCUUUACAGCAAUACUGUACUUUCGAUGCUGUGUGCAAGUGAGUAAUAUUCGACUCAAUAUUUGCAUUGUGUCUAUUAUGGUUUAUUUACCUUGCUCAAAAGGCAUUGCAGGGCCCCUUAAAAGGCAACUUUAGCCAGAAGCAUGUUAUUCCAUCAGUAUUUUGUUAUGGAUGAAUUAUCUUCAGUAGUGUAGGUUAAUAGGUAUGUGGGUGGGGGGGGGUGGAAGGGGAAAGUGUUUUUGCUGUACUGAGUAACCACUUGUUAAGUAGUGUUGAGGUGAGAUGCUCUGUGGUAGCCUGCAAACAACCUAACCAAGUAUGGUUUGUUUUUAUGCUACCCCUAGACUCGUUUCUCGACUGAUGAAAAGUUCUAUUUCUCUUCAUAUUGCCUACCACGUCACUGACUUUCUGUAUGGUGGUGUGGUUCAAAAUCUGUUCCUUUUCUGAACAAUAUGAUUAGUAAUUUUCUAUGUUACCUUAGUACAGUGACCUGCAUAUAGUUAAUUGCGACGAAUGAGAACAGUAACAGAAACAACAUAUCAGAUCGAAAAGAUUUUACACUUUUGCUUGUUUACUGGCUCCCAAAUUUCAUUCCAUGAUCAAAAUGUUGUUUGUUUUCAUCUCAAAUAAAAUAAUUGGCAUUUGCCUGCUUUCUGGCAUCCUCUGUGUACCUUGCCACUGAAGAAUGUAAGUUCUUGCCCACAGGUAGACUGGUGUUGCCAAUCACUGGCAAAUAAUGGAAGCAGCACACACUGUCACUGUAACCACAUUUUUUUAUUUAUUAGCAAGGCCAAUCUGCCUGUUGCAGAAGUAUGCUGUUCUAUUACGAAGGCAUGCAGACGAUUCCAGUUUCUAAUUUUAUCUGAACUAACCAGGCAGGAGCUGACAUCAAGUUUUAUAUAUUAAGGUUUGGACUAAAAAAGGCCAUCAUGGUUGAAUAUAUGAAGCUGAAAAAGCAGCUGUAAGCACAGAUUUUUAAUUUUUUUCGAGUUGUUUCUGUUAAUAUGCACUGCACAUAUGCAGUUGCACAUUCUACAAUUUUCCUUCAUGCAUCUAGUCAUGUGAUGUUCCUUUUGUUUCUGCUAUUUUCAUUGUCAUGAUCACAUGAACUGCGAUGACCUUUCGCUUUCCGCUCGUUCGCAAGCUGCCCAUUGGGACAGAUUUACAAAGAGCAUCUUGUGUAUUCAGGGACACAGGUAACAUUUUUUAUGCUUUCUCUCUCAGCCAUAUUUUUCAUAAAAAGGGCUAUUCAUAUUCAACUUGAUAUUAAAAGCCCACAUUUUCCAAGCAUCAUUUGAUUUGACAAACAGGUUACCCUAAUUGAACACCUCUGUUUUCCUGUCUUGGCAAUUAAAUGAUUGAGUGAAGUAAACAACUAGCAGGUUUUUUUUGUUAUAUCUGCUAUCUUGCCCAUCUUUCGCAAGACUUAGCAUAUGGCAUGAGGUGAUUAUACUGUAAUUGCACUCAAAUUUGUUACACUUGUACCCUUCUUGUAUGCACGUCCCAGAUUUAUUACAGCUGUUCGAAAUGUUACUUGCACAGUUUUGCAUUACGUAGAGAACUGGAAGAGGCUAAAUUCGUGCUUCACCCCAUGGGUUGAGAUGAAGGCAUUGCUGUUGCAUGGGGCACGAUGGCUGGCCGAGUUCUUCUAGUGACUCUCUUAUCAGCACAGAAACAGACGGAACACAGAAAAUAUGCACACUAAACAAACGCUGGCACACAGCUAAUGCAAGUGUUGUUCAGCAUUUAUGACAAGUGUUCAACUGUUCUGCCAGUUUUCCUGCUGGUUAUGUGAGUGAUGGUAAUCAGGCCAGGUCUUUCUUCUUUGGUAGGCUGCACUCGGCUAUAACUCUUGUCAGAUGGGCAAGUUUAGUAUAACCUUGAGCGUGUGCACUUUGUCAUUAGAGUAAUUUGCAGGCUGUCACAUGGAAAGCUUUACUAGUGACACCCAAUGUAGAGUGCAUCCAUGGAACUCGCUUUGCUGCAUUGUAGUGUGUAGCCUCGAUGACAGUGCUCCAAAAAUAGAUAAAGCAAUACUCACUGCAUGGCCGGCACUAAUUCCGAAAUCAUUUUUUUUUUUACGAUUUCAUGUUCCAAGCAUCCCCGCUUUUUGGAAACGGCAUUUUUCCUUUGCCAAUGAGAGCAGUCUCGUUAUUCACGACUGAUUGCGUUAAUGUUCUUCUUUUGUCAAAUAUUGCCUAGAAUAACACAUACAUAAUGUGCAGGCCAAUCAGUACUUCCAUUAAAUCCGAUUGCGACUUACCUUUCCCAUCUAGCACUGUGUCAGCCAUAGUGACACUCACUGUGGCGUAGUGCACUCAGUCAAAGUGUAACUAAAUUUGCCCAUCUAAUUGGGGCAUUACAUGACAAAGGGAAAGUCGCUAUGGGUUAAGGAUGAAAAGAUUGUGGAUUGUGUGCCUAGGCUUUCAGCCAGAGGUCUUUCUAACCAGGCUUGGUUCACAUUGUGAUAGUAAUAUUUUUUGAAAGAAUGGAUGAAACAAUUCAUGUUGCGUGCAGUCAUCAUCAGACUUUGGAACUUUGAUGUCACAGUGUCGGUACCAAUCCCAUAUCACAGUGACCCAUUUUAUGGCACGUCAAAUUAGUGUACAGAGGCUGCUGUGGACAAUGUUAUCCCUAUUGCGAAGUAUGCCUGCAUUUGUUUUUUGCGUAGUUGAAGGAUUGUAGUUUGAUGUGUGCAGGACUGAAAGGCAGUGGUCCGAAAAUGUAACAGUGUGGUCCUAUGAAGUGCUCGACACUUAGUUAAACACUGUCUUCGUAAACAUUCUUUGCCUUUUCACUUAACAACCUAGACAGUAAGUUUAACUGAAGGAGUUCAAAAUGGAGGGCAUUGACAUAUAUUGCUUUUUGUUGCCACUCAAUGCGACCUUCAUUGAAAGGUAGCCCAAUUUUUUAGAAUCAAUGCAAAAGCUGUGGAUAAACUUUCGAUGAACCUUUUGGGAUGUCGGUAUGCUCAUUUAUGAUAUACUGGCAAUGAUCCAGUCUUUUCUAGAUAUAAAACGCACAGUCUUAUUCAUGCAGGAGUUUUUGGCUAAGAUAGGGUUCGCGUCACUCAUUCACACACUAUGUGCACCUUUACUCUUCUACAAGACGACAUGUUUGAACAUUUAUGAUGCACGACUUCUCACGACGAUGGAGUGAGCGAUCACAUCAAAGAUGGUGGUAUUCAAAUCACUCAGAAUUUGCACACGCAUUAUCACAACUGUGGUGCCUUCAACAGGUGCGACACUAAUUAGCAAGAAAAUUAUAGCUGCAAUAGCUGCAAGAACUCUUGUAGCUAUCAGAGCACGUGCUUUUGUGAACUUUUGGAAAACAUUUCUUGUACUAAUGCCGUCUACUCUUGUGUGGUGCUUGACGUGGCAGAAUGUUGUUUUCGCAUGAGAGUUGGUUCACUUCUCUGUACACCAAACUUGCGGUGAGUAAGAAGUAUGUAAAGGGUCUUUGCAAUAUUUCUUAGUGGGGGGAAUCCUGUACUAAUGACAUUGUGAUAUGUUGUACAGGUGCCCCAACUGUGUGCUUUACCUGUAAAUGGGGCCCCGUGGUGCCAUAUGGCAAAUUCAUGCCUCGUUGAGAACACUUUAGUUGUGAAGGUCUUUCUUGGCAUGAGAAAAAAGACAAAGAUGUUCUGUGAUCUAGUUUGUAUUUUGCAAGCCACUGCGUAUGUAAAUAAAGAUCAUUGACAUUG